UGGGCGGGGCGUCGCCAUGGGAACGGCGCCGGAAGUGUCGCGCGGACUCGGUGUCCCGUGAGGCCCCGCGCGGUUCCGGCGGGCCGGGAUCGGGAUCAGCGGGAUCACCGGGAGCGGGGCCGGGAGCGGCCGGGCCGCCAUGGAGGCCGUGCCCCGCAUGCCCAUGAUCUGGCUCGACCUCAAGGAGGCCGGGGAGUUCGCCUUCAACGCCGCCGUCAAGAAGUUUGUCCUGAAGAAUUAUGGGGAGAACCCCGAGAACUACAACGAGGAGCUGCGGAAGCUGGAGCUGCUCCGGCAGAGCGCCGUCAGCGUUCCCAGGGAUUUCGAGGGCUGCAGCACCCUGCGGAAGUACCUGGGCCAGCUGCACUUCCUGCAGAGCCGCAUUCCCAUGGGAGCGGGGCAGGACGCGGCCGUGCCCGUCACAUGGACUGAGAUCUUCUCGGGGAAGGUGGUGACACAUGAGGACAUCAAGUACGAGCAGGCCUGUGUUCUCUACAACCUGGGAGCACUGCAUUCCAUGCUGGGAGCCAUGGACAAGAGAGUGUCUGAGGAGGGCAUGAAGGUUUCCUGCACCCACUUCCAGUGUGCUGCUGGUGCCUUCACCUACCUGCGGGAUCACUUCCCACAUUCCUACAGCGUGGACAUGAGCCACCAGAUCCUCAGCCUCAACAUCAACCUCAUGCUGGGCCAGGCACAGGAGUGUCUCCUGGAGAAGUCCAUGCUGGACAACAGGAAGAGCUUCCUGGUGGCCCGGAUCAGUGCCCAGGUGGUGGAUUACUACAAGGAGGCCUGCAGGGCGCUGGAGAACUCGGAGACGGCGGCGCUGCUGGGCAAGAUCCAGAAGGACUGGAAGAAGCUGGUGCAGAUGAAGAUCUACUACUUCGCUGCCGUGGCCCACCUGCACAUGGGGAAGCAGGCGGAGGAGCAGCAGAAGUUUGGGGAGAGGGUCAUCUACUUCCAGAGUGCUCUGGAUAAGCUCAAUGAAGCCAUCAAGCUGGCAAAGGGCCAGCCUGACACCGUGCAGGAAGCCCUGAGGUUCACCAUGGAUGUGAUUGGUGGGAAGUACAAUUCUGCCAAGAAGGACAAUGACUUCAUCUACCACGAGGCCGUGCCCGCGCUGGACACCCUGCAGUCCGUCAAAGGUGCCCCCCUGGUGAAGGCUCUGCCCGUGAACCCCACGGACCCCGCGGUCACCGGCCCCGACAUCUUUGCCAAGCUGGUGCCCAUGGCUGCCCACGAGGCCUCGUCCCUGUACAGCGAGGAAAAGGCCAAACUGCUGCGGGACGUGAUGGCCAAGAUCGAGGCCAAGAACGAAGUGCUGGACCAGUUCAUGGACUCCAUGCAGCUGGACCCCGAGACUGUGGACAACCUGGACAUGUACAACCACAUCCCGGCCGUGCUGAUGGAGAAGUGUGCUGCCCUCAGCGUGCGCCCCGACACCGUCCGCAACCUCGUCCAGUCCAUGCAGGUGCUCUCCGGGGUCUUCACGGACGUGGAGGCGUCGCUGAAGGAGAUCCGGGACCUGCUGGAGGAGGACGAGGCGCAGGAGCGGAAGCUGCAGGAGCUGCUGGGGCGGGUCCCGCCGGCACCAGGGUCCCCCCCGGGGCUGGCCGAGGUGAGCAAGGAGUGCUCCAAGUACCUGGAGCUGCACGAGAAGGCCAGUUUCACCAACACCGAGCUGCACCGCGCCAUGAACCUGCACCUGGGCAACCUGCGCCUGCUCAGCGGCCCCCUGGAGCAGGUCCGGGCUGCACUGCCCACCCCCACCCUGAGCGAAGACGACAAACAGGUGCUGCAGAACCUGAAGCGAAUCCUGGCCAAGGUGCAGGAGAUGCGGGACCAGCGGAUGUCCCUGGAGCAGCAGCUGCGGGAGAUGAUCCAGAAGGACGACAUCACCACCUCGCUGGUCACCGCCGACCGCUCCGAGAUGAAGAAGCUCUUUGAGGAGCAGCUCAGGAAGUACGACCAGCUCAAGGUGUACCUGGAGCAGAACCUGGCGGCGCAGGAGAACGUGCUCAAGGCCCUGACCGACGCCAACGUCAAGUACGCGGCCGUGCGCAAGGGCCUGGCCGAGGUGGAGCACAAGUGGAACACUACGGUCCAGACGCUGGUGGCCUCCUACGAGGCCUACGAGGACCUGAUGAAGAAGUCCCAGGAGGGGAAGGAUUUCUACACGGACCUGGAGGGGAAGGCAGCCAAGCUGCUGGAGCGGGCACGGGCCGUGUGCCAGGCCAGCCAGGCCCAGCGGCAGCAGCUGCUCGAGAGGGAGCUGAAGAAGCAGCCGCCCCCCCGGCCCACGGCCCCCAAGCCCCCCCUGCAGAAGAAGGCGCUGGAGCUGGAGCCCGGGGGCUCCGAGGCCGCAGAUUUGGGCUCCCUGGGGCUGCCGGACCUGCCCGAGGAGCUGCGGAGCCUCCCCCCGGAGCUGCUGCCCGGGCCCCUGGCACAGCUGCCCCCCCCAGCACUGGCCGCCCUGGCUGGGGGGCUGCGGCCCCCCGAGCCCUUUGUGCCGCCGGGGGGGGUGGCCAGUGCCCCGCUGCCCCCCCUGGCCCCCACGCCCCCGUUCCCGGGGCACUACCGCCUGCCCGGGCCCCCCGGCCCCUUUCCCCCCGCGGGGGGGGCCCCGGGGCAGCUCCUGCAGCCCUCGGCCCCGGCCGGGCCCGUGCCCAGCUCGGCCCCGGCCCCGCCCCAGCUCUUCCCGGCCGCCCCCCUGAUCCGCGCUCCGGGCCAGCCGGCCUUCGGGGGGCCCCACGUGCCGCCCCCGCGCUCGUCCCCCCAGCACGGGGCCCUGCCCGCCUACGGCCUGGGCCAGCCCGGGGGGGCCCCGGGCCCGCUCCGCCCCCCCGGCCCGGGGGCAGCUCCCCUGGGUGCCCUGCCGGGGGCGGGCGGCCCCGAGCCCCCGGGCACCCGCCCGGCCACCACCACGGUGGACAGUGUCCAUGCCCCCAUCUCCAGCUGCACCGCCCCUCCGCGGGGACCCCCGGGCCCCUUCCUGCCCCCCCAGCGCCCGGCGGGGCCCCCGGCCCCCUUCCCCUACCCCGCGGGAGGGGUUCGGCCCUUCGUGGCACCGGCUCAGCACCCCUUCCCCCCGGCACAGCCCCCCCACACCUUCGCCCCCGCCCAAGCCCCCCAGCAGUUCCCCCCGGGGCCGUUCCUGCCCCCGGCCCAGGCCCCGCUGCCCUUCCAGCCGCCCCCCCGGCCCUCCCUCGCCCCCCCGGCCCAGUUCCCCCAGCAGCCCUUCGCCGGUCCCGGGGGGCAGCUGCCCCCCCCCGCCCCCGGGCAGCCCCCGCUGCCCCCCCAGCUCUACCAGCUCCCAGGGCAGGACCAGCUGCCCCCGCCGGGGCUCGCCCCGCACCCGGGGGCCGUGCCCUUCCCCAGGGCCCCUGCCCAGGGCGGUCCCGCGGCGCUGGGGGGGCUCCCGGCCGUGCCCACCGGCUCCCCCGCGCUGCCCUUCUGCCCCAGCCCGGCCCCCCCGGGCACUCAGCUGCCCCCCGGGUCCAUGGCCGCCCCCAACCAGGCGCCCCCGCCCAGCCCCGUGCCGGGCACCGUGGUGGUCCAGGGCCCCCUGGUCCCGUCCCCGGCCCCCUCCCCGGUGCCGGCCCUGCCCGUGCAGCCCCCGGCGCCCCGUCCGCCGCCCGCGGGGGACGCGGCGUUCCCGCGGCAGAGCCCCUGCCCCGCGGACCUGCUGUCGUCCAGCCCCGAGAGCCAGCCCGGCGGGGCGGCGGCCGGGGGGCUGCUGCAGCCCACCAAGGCGGGCGCGCAGGAGGGGCAGCGGCCGCGGGCCGUGCAGGUGAUCGAGGCGGACCCGUACGCGGAGCCCGAGCGGGUGCAGCGGCUGCGGGCCGAGCUGGAGCGGUUCCGGGCCGCGGCCGAGCGGCUGGAGCGGCCCGUGCCCGGCGGCGGCUCCGAGCUGGACGCGCUCUGGAAGGAGCUGCAGGAGGCCCAGGAGCGGGACGCCCGCCAGCGCUCCAUCGCCAUCGCCCGCUGCUACUCCAUGAAGAACCGGCACCAGGACAUCAUGCCCUACGACCGCAACCGCGUCGUGCUGUGCUCGGGCAAGGACGACUACAUCAAUGCCAGCCGCGUGGAGGACCUGUCCCCGUACUGCCCCGCCCUCAUCGCCACCCAGGCCCCGCUGCUCGGCACCGCCGCCGACUUCUGGCUCAUGAUCUACGAGCAGAAGGUCUCCGUGGUCGUCAUGUUGGUGUCCGAGCAGGAGCUGGACAAGAAGGUGCUACGGUACUUCCCGUCGGAGCGGGGCCAGCCCGUGGCUCACGGCCCCCUGACCCUGGUGCUGACCAGCCUGCGGGUGACCCCCACGCACGUGGAGCGGAUGCUGACGCUGCAGUACCGCGACCAGAGCCUCAAGCGCACCGUGGCUCACCUCCAGUUCACCUCCUGGCCUGAGCUGGGCCUGCCCGACAGCAAGGGGAGCCUCCUGCGCUUCAUCCAGGAGGUGCACGGGCACUACCUGCACCAGCGCCCGCUCCACACGCCCGUCGUGGUGCACUGCAGCUCCGGCGUGGGCCGCACCGGGGCCUUCUGCCUCCUGUACGCGGCCGUGCAGGAGGUGGAGGCCGGGAAGGGCAUCCCGGACCUGCCGCAGCUGGUGAGGCGCAUGCGGCAGCAGCGCAAGCACAUGCUGCAGGAGAAGCUGCACCUCAAGUUCUGUUUCGAGGCCGUCCUGCUCCACGUGGAGCAGGUGCUGCUGCGCCACGGCGUGGGGACCCCCGCGCUGCCCAAGCUCCCCAACAGCACCUCGCCCAAGCUCUACUUCCAGCAGGACCCCCAGGACCUGGUGCUGGGGGGGGACGUUCCCAUCAGCUCCAUCCAGGCCACCAUCGCCAAGCUCAGCAUCAAACCGGGGGGGCCCAGCACAGAGCCCGGGGGGGGCUGGGGGGCGGACCCCACCUCCCCUCCGGACCCCACGGACCCCGAGGUGCCGCCGGUGCUUCCCGACGGCGUCGUGGAUGGUGUCGGUGCCCCCCUGCCCGAGCCCCCCGCCCCGGGGCCGCCCCUCCCCGAGGCACAGGGUGACGCCGAGAGCAGCAACCACGCGGGGGAGAGUCCCGAGGGGCCGGGGGGGCCACCAGAGCCCCCCGCCGCCCCCCCUGCCUCCUCCUCCUCCUCGCUGGAGCUGCUGGCGUCGCUCACGCCCGAAGCCUUCAGCCUGGACGCCUCCCUGAAGGGCAAACAGCGCAUGAACAAGCAGAACUUCCUGCAGGCGCAGCCGGGCGAGGGGCUCCGCGGGCCCCGGCCCAGCGACGACCCCCUGAGCAUGCUCGACCCCCUCUGGACACUCAACAAGGCGUGAGGGGGGCGGGGGCCCCCCGGCCCCCCCCCCCUCCACUUUGACUCCAGGUAGAACUGACUUUUUCAGCUCUUUGCUACUAAAAUAAAGCGAGUUUAUCGGCCGG